AUGAAGGGCAUAUGGGGAGUUACUUUCGUUGCGAGCGCUUCGCUCGCUGGGGCGAUUUCAACUACAUCACUCGCAGCAGCAGCAACUACGGUUACAGCCACAGCUAAUUCGGCAGAUUCGUUGUUUCACAAUGAGAGGGUGCAGUUGACUGAGGGCGUGCUCUCGGAUGUAUCGGCGGCCUUGCAGAAUAGCACUGUCGCUAACAUGUUCGCCUUUGCGAGCAACCCCACGACACACAAGAGGAGUGUCCAUCAUAGCUGUAAAGUUAUGCCCGAGGAUUUCUGGUGGCCCGUCAAGCCGAUUUGGGACGUCUUCAAUAUCUUGCUCGGCGGCAGCCUGAUCAAGACGCUGCCCCUGGCAGCCUACUGCUAUCCGGACUGGCCGCAGUACGAUGCCACCAAGUGCGCAAGCAUCACAUCUGACUGGCUCAAGUCGGACCUGCACAUGGCUGACCCUGCGUCGAUAAUGCUGCCGCUGUACGAGGGCCGCUCUUGCCUACCAUCACCGUAUAAUUAUACUGCGAGUUGCACGCAGGGCGCCUAUCCGACGUAUGCAGUGAACGUAUCCACCGUGGCUCAAAUCCAGCUAGCGGUCAACUUUGCCCGUAACCUGAACUUGCGACUUGUGGUCAAGAAUACCGGACAUGAUUUCAAUGGUAAGGCCUCCGGCAAGGGUGCCCUCUCUAUUUGGACCCAUUACCUCAAGGACAAGGAGUAUUUCCCAAACUUCCAGGCUGCCAAUGGCUACAUCGGUCCCGCCAUUAAGUUCGGCUCGGGUAUUCAAGUAAAUGAGGCUUAUGAGUUUGCUCAGUUUCUCGGUCACUCGGUUGUUGGCGGAGAAGCCGUCACUGUCGGUUUGGGUGGAGGCUACACUGCUGGUGGUGGCCACUCCCCUCUUUCCAGUAUGUACGGUUUGGCGGCCGAUCAGGUUUUGGCCAUGCAAGUUGUUCUGGCUGAUGGUAGAUUCAUCACUGCUACCUCCACGGAGAACUCGGAGGUUUUCUGGAUGCUUCGCGGUGGCGGUGGCAGCACCAUUGGAGUCGUCACCUCUCUAACGGUCAAGGCCUUACCUCAGCUGGAGACGACUACUGUGACUUUCAAUUUCACGGUCAACGACACUCCUGGUCCCGACGCGUUCUGGGCUGCCGUUGGGUCCUACCUCGAUAAUUUCGAGACCUUUGUUGAUGCUGGCACCUACGGUUACUUCUACAUUGGUGCUUCCGAGGCCAUGAUUGGUACAGCAUAUGCCGGUAAUACUGACUAUUACUUCCGUAUGCAAUCCUUCGUCGCACCCAACAUGACUGUCGCCGAGACCGAGGCACUCUUAGCUCCAUGGUUUGAUUCUCUCAAAAGCCUAAAUGUCUCCUACGCUCCGUGGUACAACCACGCAGAUAACUUCCAUGAUCCCUGGGCUGUGUCCUUCCCUCAGGAAUUCGUUGGAACUGAUAGCGUCAAGACUGCAUCUCGCCUGCUUCCCCGUAAGGUCUUCCAGAGCGAUGAUCUCCGCAACCAAACCUGGGCCGCCUACCGGGACGCUGUCAGUCAGGGUCUUUUCAUUGCCGGCUUCCACAUGAGUGGCACCGGCAUCGCCGUCAAGCCCCCCCACAGACACUUCCGUCCUGCCCGCAUGGCGCGAUGCCCUGUCCCACGUUAUUGUCGGUUCCCAAUGGAACUCCACCUCCUCCUGGGAGGCUCCUACAUGAGUGAGGCUGAUCUCCUUGAGCCGAACCUCCAGGAUGCCUUUUACGGCAUUCACUACCCCCGUCUCUACGAGCUGAAGCAGAAGUAUGAUCCUACGGGCCUUUUCUUUGCUCUGACUGCCGUUGGUGCUGAGGAUUGGGAGGUUCAAACUGUUGACCCGCUGCCCUACUCGUGGAACAAUAAUGGGCGACUGUGCCCGAAGUCUUCCUAA